UGAUUGGCUGCUCCGGCCACAUGAUAGUUCAGAGCCCAGGCUCCUCGCCGGCUCUUGUCUGGGGUUCUCAGGAGGGGAGAGUUGGGAGAGACUUUGCUGCUGAGGAAAUUUAUUUGGUAGAUUGAAGGUUUGAACAGAGCUACAGAAACGCAAGGGGAAAAUCCUUACAAACCGAUGGUGUUCGAGAGGAAAAUAACCCCAUUGCCUUGAGUUUGUAGGUGCCACUACUACUCUGGGAAAAUGGCAGAUGACGAAGAAUAUGAGGAGGUGGUGGAGUAUUACACGGAGGAGACAGUCUAUGAAGAGGUACCAGGGGAGACAAUAACAGAAGUCUAUGAAACUACGACCACAAGGACAUCUGGCUAUGAGCAAUCAGAUACUUCCCAACCAGCAGUGGCACAGCCAAUGCCCUCAAAGCCGGUGGAGAGGAAGAAAGUUAUUCGAAAGAAAGUGGACCCUUCAAAGUUCAUGACUCCCUACAUUGCACACAGUCAGAAAAUGCAGGAUCUCUUUAGCACAAAUAAAUACAAGAAGAACUAUGAAAAAGCAAAAGGAAAGCCAUAUGCCAUCACCACAGAUACCCCAGAACUUCGCAGAAUCAAGAAAGUACAAGAUCAACUCAGUGAGGUUAAGUAUCGAAUUGAUGGCGAUGUUGCUAAAACUAUUUGUCAUGUUGAUGAAAAAGCAAAGGACAUUGAACAUGCAAAGAAAGUGUCGCAGCAAGUCAGUAAGGUUUUAUAUAAGCAGAACUGGGAAGACACCAAGGAUAAGUACCUGCUUCCUCCUGAUGCCCCUGAACUUGUCCAGGCCAUCAAGAACACAGCCAUGUUCAGUAAGAAACUGUACACUGAAGACUGGGAAGCUGACAAAAGUUUGUUUUAUCCAUAUAACGAUAGCCCAGAGCUGAGGAGGGUCGCCCAAGCCCAGAAAGCUCUCAGUGAUAUUGCCUACAAAAAAGGUCAUGCUGAACAGCAAACUCAAUUCACGUCUCUGCCAGAUCCUCCAGAUAUAGAAUUCGCCAAGAAAGUGACCAAUCAAGUGAGCAAGCAAAAAUACAAGGAAGACUAUGAAAAUAAAAUCAAAGGCAAAUGGAGUGAGACCCCUUGCUUUGAAAUUGCAACUGCCAGAAUGAAUGCAAAGAACAUCAGCACAAGGAAAUACCAGGAAGAUUUUGAGAAUAUGAAAGACCAGAUCUACUUCAUGCAGACUGAAACACCAGAGUACAAAGUGAAUAAACAAGCUGGGACGGCAGCUAGCAAGGUUAAAUACAAAGAAGACUAUGAAAAGAAUAAAGGAAAGGCAGAUUAUAAUGUACUUCCCGCUUCAGAAAACCCACUGCUCAGGCACCUGAAGGCAGCAGGAGAUGCCCUAAGUGAUAAAAGAUACAAAGAAAACUAUGAAAAGACAAAGGCAAAGAGCAUAAAUUACUGCGAGACCCCCAAAUUUAAGCUAGAUACGGUUCUGCAUAACUUCAGUAGUGAUACUAAAUAUAAAGAUUCCUACUUGAAGAAUAUUUUGGGACAUUAUGUAGGCAGCUUUGAGGAUCCGUAUCAUACACACUGCAUGAAAGUCGCAGCUGAAAACAGUGAUAAAAACUACAAAGCAGAAUAUGAAGAGGACAGAGGCAAAGGUUUCUUCCCCCAGACCAUAACUCAAGAAUAUGAAGCAAUCAAGAAAUUAGACCAGUGUAAAGACCACACCUACAAAGUCCACCCAGAUAAGACAAAAUUCACUCAAGUUACCGACUCUCCUGUUCUGGUGCAAGCCCAAGUCAAUUCCAAACAGUUGAGUGAUCUAAAUUACAAAGCAAAACAUGAAAAUGAAAAGUUCAAGUGCCAUAUACCUCCAGAUACUCCUGCAUUUAUCCAGCACAAAGUCAACGCCUAUAACCUGAGUGAUAAUGUUUAUAAGCAUGACUGGGAGAAGACCAAAGCUAAGAAGUUUGACAUUAAGGUGGACGCCAUUCCCCUGCUAGCAGCCAAAGCCAACACCAAGAACACCAGCGAUGUGAUGUACAAGAAAGACUAUGAGAAAAGCAAAGGGAAGAUGAUUGGAGCCCUCAGCAUCAACGAUGAUCCCAAAAUGUUGCACUCUUUGAAGACGGCCAAAAACCAGAGUGAUAGAUUAUACAAGGAAAACUAUGAGAAGACAAAAGCAAAGAGCAUGAAUUACUGUGAGACCCCUAAGUAUCAACUUGAUACUCUGCUGAAGAACUUCAGUGAGGCUAAAUAUAAAGACUCAUAUGUACAGAAUGUCUUGGGACACUAUAUAGGCAGCUUUGAAGACCCAUACCAACUACACUGCAUGAAAGUUUCAGCUCAAAAUAGUGAUAAAAAUUAUAAAGCAGAAUAUGAAGAAGAUAAAGGGAAAUGUUAUUUCCCUCAGACGAUAACACAAGAAUACGAAGCAAUCAAGAAGCUAGACCAGUGUAAAGAUCACACCUACAAAGUUCAUCCAGAUAAGACCAAAUUCACAGCCGUCACUGAUACUCCUGUACUAUUGCAAGCCCAGCUCAACACAAAACAGCUGAGUGAUCUGAAUUACAAGGCAAAACAUGAAGGUGAAAAGUUCAAGUGCAACAUACCCGCAGAUGCUCCGCAGUUUAUACAACACAGAGUCAAUGCCUAUAACCUGAGUGACAAUGUUUAUAAGCAUGACUGGGAGAAGACCAAAGCUAAGAAGUUUGACAUUAAGGUGGACGCCAUUCCCCUGCUAGCAGCCAAAGCCAACACCAAGAACACCAGCGAUGUGAUGUACAAGAAAGACUAUGAGAAAAGCAAAGGGAAGAUGAUUGGAGCCCUCAGCAUCAACGAUGAUCCCAAAAUGUUGCACUCUUUGAAGACGGCCAAAAACCAGAGUGAUCGUGAAUAUCGUAAAGACUAUGAAAAGUCCAAAACUAUCUACACGGCACCUCUUGACAUGCUCCAAGUCACUCAAGCUAAGAAAUCUCAGGCAAUUGCCAGCGACGUGGACUAUAAGCACCUCUUACACAACUAUAGCUACCCGCCUGAUAGCAUCAACGUGGACCUCGCCAAGAAGGCUUAUGCGCUGCAGAGCGAUGUUGAAUACAAAGCUGACUACAACAGCUGGAUGAAAGGUUGUGGCUGGAUACCUUUUGGGUCCUUGGAAAUGGAAAAGGCAAAGCGAGCUUCAGACAUUCUGAAUGAGAAAAAAUAUCGCCAACAUCCAGAAACUCUCAAGUUUACUUCAAUUGAAGAUGCUCCAAUUAUAGUACAAUCAAAAAUUAACCAGGCCCAGAGGAGUGAUAUUGCCUACAAAGCCAAAGGAGAGGAAAUUAUCCACAAGUACAGCCUGCCGGCGGACCUGCAAUUCAUUCAGGCGAAAGUGAAUGCCUACAAUAUCAGUGAGAGUAUGUACAAAGCAGACUUGAAAGAUCUGAGCAAGAAGGGAUAUGACCUGAGAACCGAUGCAAUUCCCAUCAAAGCUGCCAAAGCUGCCAGGCAGGCGGCAAGUGACGUUCAAUACAAAAAAGAUUAUGAAAAAGCCAAAGGGAAAAUGGUUGGCUUCCAAAGUCUCCAAGAUGACCCUAAACUGGUUCAUUAUAUGAAUGUGGCCAAGAUCCAAUCAGACCGCGAGUAUAAGAAAGACUAUGAAAAGACAAAGACAAAAUACAACACACCCCAUGAUAUGUUCAAUGUUGUGGCAGCUAAGAAAGCUCAGGAUGUUGCCAGCAAUGUCAACUAUAGGCAUUCGCUCCAUCAUUAUACCUACCUGCCUGAUGCCAUGGACCUGGAGUUGUCUAAAAACAUGAUGCACAUACAGAGCGAUAACGCCUAUAAGGAAGACUAUAACACCUGGAUGAAAGGCAUCGGCUGGAUACCUCUUGGCAGUCUGGAGGUAGAAAAAGUUAAAAAGGCAGGUGAUGCCCUGAAUGAAAAGAAGUACAGGCAACAUCCAGAUACCCUCAAAUUUACCAGCAUCGUGGACUCCCCAGUUAUGGUCCAGGCAAAACAGAACACACGGCAAGUCAGUGAUAUCUUAUACAAAGCUAAAGGAGAAGAUGUGAAACAUAAAUAUACAAUGGGUCCUGAUCUUCCUCAAUUUCUCCAGGCCAAGUGCAAUGCUUACAAUAUAAGUGAUGUCUGUUAUAAACGGGACUGGCAUGAUUUAAUCGCCAAGGGCAACAACGUGCUGGGUGAUGCCAUACCCAUCACUGCUGCCAAAGCAUCAAGAAACAUCGCCAGUGAUUAUAAAUACAAAGAAGCUUAUGAGAAGGCAAAGGGAAAGCAUGUGGGUUUUAGAAGCCUCCAGGAUGAUCCCAAGCUGGUCCACUACAUGAAUGUGGCAAAGUUACAGUCUGAUCGUGAAUACAAGAAGAACUAUGAAAACACCAAAACCAGCUACCAUACCCCUGGGGACAUGGUUAGCAUUACAGCCGCAAAGAUGGCCCAGGAUGUUGCAACCAACGUCAACUACAAGCAGCCAAUACAUCAUUACACAUACCUACCUGAUGCCCUGAGUCUUGAGCAUACCAGGAAUGUGAAUCAAAUUCAGAGUGAUAAUGUAUAUAAAGAUGAGUACAACCACUUCUUCAAGGGCAUUGGAUGGAUCCCUCUCGGUUCUCUGGAGGUUGAAAAGGUCAAGAAAGCAGGUGAUGCAUUAAAUGAGAGAAAGUACCGCCAGCACCCUGACACUAUCAAGUUCACAAGUGUGCCUGACUCCAUGGGCAUGGUUUUGGCUCAGCACAACACAAAGCAGCUAAGUGAUUUGAACUAUAAGGUGGAAGGAGAGAAACUGAAGCACAAGUACACUAUGGACCCUGACGUGCCACAGUUUAUUCAAGCCAAGGUCAAUGCCAUCAACAUGAGUGAUGCUCAUUAUAAAGCAGAUUGGAAGAAAACUCUUGCUAAGGGCUAUGAUUUGACACCAGAUGCCAUUCCAAUUGUUGCUGCAAAAAGUUCAAGGAAUAUUGCCAGUGAUUUCAAAUACAAGGAGGCCUAUGAGAAAGCCAAAGGCAAGCAAGUCGGAUUUCGCAGUCUUCAGGAUGAUCCUAAACUGGUUCACUACAUGAAUGUCGCCAAAAUACAGUCAGAUCGUGAGUACAAAAAGGGCUAUGAAGCCAGCAAGACCAGGUAUCACACACCCUUGGAUAUGUUGAGUGUGACGGCGGCCAAGAAAUCUCAGGAAGUUGCCACCAACACCAACUACAAGCAGCCCUUCCACCACUACACCCUGCUGCCUGAUGCCUUGAACGUGGAGCACUCCAGGAACGCCAUGCAGAUUCAGAGUGAUAACCUGUACAAAUCUGACUUCACCAACUGGAUGAAAGGGAUUGGCUGGAUUCCAAUGGAGUCGCUGGAGGUGGAGAAGGCAAAGAAGGCAGGGGAGAUUCUUAGUGAGAAGAAAUAUCGCCAGCACCCUGAGAAGCUGAAGUUCACGUACGCCAUGGACACAAUGGAACAAGCACUUAACAAAAGUAACAAACUGAUUAUGGACAAGCGGCUCUACACUGAAAAGUGGAACAAGGACAAGACCACCAUUCACGUCAUGCCUGACACCCCAGACAUCUUACUCUCCAGAGUAAACCAGAUCACCCUGAGCGAUAAACUGUACAAAGCUGGCUGGGAAGAGGAGAAAAAGAAAGGCUAUGACCUGAGGCCUGAUGCCAUCUCAAUAAAGGCUGCAAGAGCCUCCCGAGACAUUGCCAGUGAUUACAAGUACAAGCAAGCCUAUGAACAAGCCAAAGGGAAACACAUUGGCUUCCGGAGUCUAGAGGACGACCCCAAGUUGGUGCACUUUAUGCAAGUGGCCAAAAUGCAGUCAGACCGUGAGUACAAGAAGGCGUAUGAGAAGUCCAAGACGUCCUUCCAUACCCCGGUGGACAUGCUCAGCGUGGUGGCGGCCAAGAAGUCGCAGGAAGUGGCCACUAAUGCCAACUAUAGGAACGUGAUCCAUACCUACAACAUGCUUCCUGAUGCCAUGAGCUUUGAAUUGGCCAAAAAUAUGAUGCAGCUUCAAAGCGACAAUCAGUACAAAGCCGACUAUGCUGACUUCAUGAAGGGCAUUGGAUGGCUCCCUCUGGGCUCCCUGGAAGCUGAGAAAAAUAAGAAAGCCAUGGAGAUUAUAAGUGAAAAGAAGUACCGCCAACACCCAGACACUUUGAAGUACUCCACCUUAAUGGACUCAAUGAACAUGGUUUUGGCCAAGAAUAAUGCAAAAAUUAUGAAUGAGCAUCUCUACAAACAAGCAUGGGAGGCUGACAAGACCAAAGUCCACAUCAUGCCUGAUAUCCCGCAGAUUAUUCUGGCAAAGGCAAAUGCAGUUAACAUGAGUGAUAAACUCUACAAACUUUCUUUGGAAGAGUCUAAAAAGAAAGGCUAUGAUCUCAGAACUGAUGCAAUUUCUAUCCAAGCUGCCAAGGCCUCGAGAGAUAUUGCAAGUGAUUAUAAAUACAAACACAGUUAUGAAAAGGAGAGGGGGAAGAUGGUUGGCUUCCGAAGUCUUGAGGAUGAUCCCAAAUUAGUCCAUUCCAUGCAAGUGGCUAAGAUGCAAUCUGAUCGGGAGUAUAAGAAAAGCUAUGAGAAGACCAAGACCAGCUACCAUACCCCUGCUGACAUGCUCAGUGUCACGGCCGCCAGGGAUGCCCAAGCCAACAUCACCAACACCAACUACAAGCACCUGAUUCACAAGUACAUCCUCCUUCCUGAUGCCAUGAACAUCCAGCUGUCCAAGAAUAUGAAUCACAUACAGAGUGAUAAUGAAUAUAAGCAGGACUACAACGAAUGUUACAAAGGGCUUGGUUGGAGUCCAGCUGGUUCCCUGGAAGUGGAGAAGGCCAAGAAAGCAACUGAAUAUGCCAGUGAUCAGAAAUACCGUCAACACCCUAGCAACUUCCAGUUUCAGAAGCUGAAUGACUCCAUGGACAUGGUUCUUGCUAAGCAGAAUGCGCAUACCAUGAACAAGUACUUAUACACCGCUGAUUGGAACAAAGAUAAAACCAAGAUUCAUGUGAUGCCAGAUACACCAGAUAUUUUACAAGCCAAGCAAAAUCAAACACUGUUCAGUCAGAAACUCUAUAAACUUGGAUGGGAAGAAGCUUUGAAGAAAGGCUAUGAUCUCCCAGUUGAUGCCAUUUCUGUACAGUUGGCCAAAGUUUCAAGAGACAAUGCUAGUGAUUUUAAAUAUAAACAAGGCUACCGCAAGCAACUUGGGCACCAUAUUGGAUUCCGGAAUCUACAAGAUGAUCCAAAGCUUGUGUUGUCAAUGAAUGUAGCUAAAAUGCAGAGUGAAAGAGAAUACAAGAAGGACUUUGAGAAGUGGAAAACCAAGUUCACCAGCCCAGUGGACAUGUUGGGAGUGGUACUGGCCAAAAAAUGCCAGGCUUUGGUCAGUGAUGUGGACUAUAAGAACUACCUGCACCAAUGGACAUGUCUGCCUGACCAGAAUGAUGUUAUUCAAGCUAAAAGGUCUUAUGAACUACAGAGUGAGAAUUUGUAUAAAUCUGACCUUGAGUGGCUGAGAGGAAUCGGAUGGAGUCCCCUGGGUUCUUUGGAAGCAGAAAAGAACAAGAGGGCUUCAGAAAUCAUCAGUGAGAAGAAAUAUCGCCAGCCUCCAGACAGAAACAAGUUCACCAGCAUUCCUGAUGCCAUGGACAUAGUUCUGGCAAAGACAAAUGCCAAGAAUAGGAGUGAUAGACUUUAUAGAGAAGCUUGGGAUAAGGACAAGACUCAAGUCCACAUCAUGCCUGAUACACCUGACAUUAUUCUGGCUAAAGCAAAUUUAAUCAAUUCAAGUGAUAAACUCUACCGAAUGGGUUAUGAGGAGCUGAAGAAAAAAGGUUAUGAUCUUCCCGUUGAUGCCAUACCAAUCAAAGCAGCAAAAGCAUCCCGAGAAAUUGCCAGUGAAUACAAGUACAAGGAAGGUUUUCGCAAGCAGCUUGGGCACCAUGUUGGAGCCCGGAACAUCGAAGAUGACCCCAAGAUGAUGUGGUCCAUGCACGUGGCCAAGAUCCAGAGUGACCGGGAGUACAAGAAGGACUUUGAGAAGUGGAAGACCAAGUUCAGCAGCCCAGUGGACAUGCUGGGGGUGGUGCUGGCCAAGAAGUGCCAGACUUUGGUCAGUGACAUAGACUACAAGAACUACCUGCACCAGUGGACGUGCCUGCCCGACCAGAGCGAUGUCAUCCAUGCUCGGAGAGCCUAUGACCUCCAGAGCGACAACUUGUACAAGUCUGACCUUCAGUGGCUCAAAGGCAUUGGCUGGUUACCUAGUGGCUCUCUUGAGGAUGAGAAAAACAAGAGAGCUACCCAGAUUUUGAGUGACCAUGUUUACCGUCAGCACCCAGAUAAAUUCAAGUUUUCCAGCCUCAUGGACUCCAUUCCAAUGGUUUUGGCAAAGAACAAUGCUAUUACCAUGAACCACCGCCUCUAUACAGAAGCUUGGGAUAAAGAUAAAACCACUGUCCACAUUAUGCCAGAUACCCCUGAAGUUUUACUAGCUAAGCAAAACAAAAUAAAUUACAGUGAGAAACUCUAUAAACUUGGCCUGGAAGAAGCCAAGAGAAAAGGCUAUGACAUGCGGCUGGAUGCCAUUCCCAUCAGGGCGGCUAAGGCCUCCAGAGACAUUGCAAGUGAAUUCAAGUACAAAGAAGGCUAUCGUAAGCAGCUCGGCCAUCACAUAGGUGCCCGAGCAAUACAUGAUGACCCCAAGAUGAUGUGGUCCAUGCACGUGGCCAAGGUCCAGAGUGACCGGGAGUACAAGAAGGACUUUGAGAAGUGGAAGACCAAGUUCAGCAGCCCAGUGGACAUGCUGGGGGUGGUGCUGGCCAAGAAGUGCCAGACUUUGGUCAGUGACAUAGACUACAAGAACUACCUGCACCAGUGGACGUGCCUGCCCGACCAAAGCGAUGUCAUCCACGCUCGGCGGGCCUACGACCUCCAGAGCGACAAUAUGUACAAGUCAGAUCUGCAAUGGUUGAGAGGCAUCGGCUGGGUUCCCAUUGGCUCGUUGGAUGUGGAAAAAUGCAAAAGGGCAACUGAAAUUUUGAGUGAUAAAAUCUAUCGCCAGCCUCCAGACACAUUCAAAUUUACCAGUGUGCCUGAUUCUCUGGAACAAGUGUUGGCCAAGAACAACGCCAUCAACAUGAACAAGCGUUUAUACACAGAAGCCUGGGACAAAGACAAGACCCAGAUCCACAUCAUGCCUGAUACACCAGAAAUUAUGUUGGCAAGAAUGAACAAGAUCAACUACAGUGAGACUCUGUAUAAACUCGCCAAUGAAGAAGCAAAGAAGAAAGGCUACGACCUGCGAAGUGAUGCCAUCCCCAUCGUGGCCGCCAAGGCCUCCCGGGACAUCGUCAGUGACUACAAAUACAAAGAUGGUUACCGCAAGCAGCUCGGCCACCACAUUGGAGCCCGGAACAUCGAAGAUGACCCCAAGAUGAUGUGGUCCAUGCACGUGGCCAAGAUCCAGAGUGACCGGGAGUACAAGAAGGACUUUGAGAAGUGGAAGACCAAGUUCAGCAGCCCAGUGGACAUGCUGGGGGUGGUGCUGGCCAAGAAGUGCCAGACUUUGGUCAGUGACAUAGACUACAAGAACUACCUGCACCAGUGGACGUGCCUGCCCGACCAGGAUGUCAUCCAUGCUCGGCAGGCCUACGACCUCCAGAGCGAUAAUGUUUACAAGUCUGACCUCCAGUGGCUGAAGGGCAUUGGCUGGGUCCCCAUUGGGUCUGUGGAUGUGGUCAAGUGCAAGAGGGCGGCAGAGAUCCUAAGUGACCACAUCUACCGCCAGCCUCCAGACAAGCUGAAGUUUACCAGUGUGCCUGAUUCCCUGGAGCAGGUGCUGGCCAAGAACAAUGCCGUCAACAUGAACAAGCGCUUAUACACAGAGGCCUGGGACAAAGACAAGACUCAGGUUCAUAUAAUGCCUGAUACCCCAGAGAUCAUGUUGGCAAGGCAGAACAGACUCAACUACAGUGAGACUCUGUAUAAACUCGCCAAUGAAGAAGCAAAGAAGAAAGGCUACGACCUGCGAAGUGAUGCCAUCCCCAUCGUGGCCGCCAAGGCCUCCCGGGACAUCGUCAGUGACUACAAAUACAAAGAUGGUUACCGCAAGCAGCUCGGCCACCACAUUGGAGCCCGGAACAUCGAAGAUGACCCCAAGAUGAUGUGGUCCAUGCACGUGGCCAAGAUCCAGAGUGACCGGGAGUACAAGAAGGACUUUGAGAAGUGGAAGACCAAGUUCAGCAGCCCAGUGGACAUGCUGGGUUUGGUGCAGGCCAAGAAGUGCCAGAUCCUUGUAAGCGACGUAGACUACAAGAACUACCUGCACCAGUGGACGUGCCUGCCCGACCAGAAUGAUGUCAUCCACGCUCGGCAGGCCUACGACCUCCAGAGCGACAACAUUUACAAAUCAGAUCUCCAGUGGCUGAAGGGCAUUGGCUGGGUCCCCAUUGGGUCUGUGGAUGUGGUCAAGUGCAAGAGGGCGGCAGAGAUCCUAAGUGACCACAUCUACCGCCAGCCUCCAGACAAGCUGAAGUUUACCAGUGUGCCUGAUUCCCUGGAGCAGGUGCUGGCCAAGAACAAUGCCAUCAACAUGAACAAGCGCUUAUACACAGAAGCCUGGGACAAAGACAAGACCCAAAUCCACAUCAUGCCUGAUACACCUGAAAUUAUGUUGGCAAGACAAAAUAAAAUAAAUUACAGUGAGAGCCUCUAUCGCCAGGCCAUGGAAGAAGCCAAGAAAGAAGGCUAUGACUUAAGGAGUGAUGCCAUCCCCAUUGUGGCUGCCAAGGCCUCCCGGGAUAUCGCCAGUGAUUACAAAUACAAAGAAGCCUAUCGUAAGCAGUUGGGGCACCAUAUUGGUGCCCGAGCAGUUCAUGAUGAUCCCAAGAUGAUGUGGUCCCUCCACGUUGCCAAAAUGCAGAGUGACCGUGAGUACAAGAAAGAUUUUGAAAAAUACAAGACCAGGUUCAGCAGCCCAGUGGACAUGCUUGGUAUCGUUUUGGCCAAGAAAUGUCAGACUUUGGUCAGUGAUGUGGACUAUAAGCAUCCUCUGCACGAGUGGACCUGCCUGCCUGACCAGAAUGACAUCAUCCAUGCUCGGAAGGCUUAUGACCUCCAGAGUGACAAUUUGUAUAAGUCAGACCUUGAAUGGAUGAAAGGCAUUGGCUGGAUUCCACUUGGCUCCGUGGAAGUAGUUAAAGCUAAGAGGGCCGGAGAGAUACUGAGUGAUAAUAUCUACCGCCAGCGCCCAGACACACUGAAAUUUACCAGCGUAACAGACUCUCCGGAGCUGGUGCUGGCAAAGAACAAUGCCCUAAACAUGAACAAGCGCUUAUAUACGGAAGCCUGGGACAAUGACAAGAAAACAAUCCAUGUCAUGCCUGAUACACCAGAAAUUAUGCUAGCCAAACUCAACCGGAUAAACUACAGUGACAAACUCUAUAGACUUGCUUUGGAAGAGUCCAAGAAGGAAGGCUGUGACUUGCGUGUGGAUGCCAUUCCAAUCCAAGCAGCCAAAGCAUCAAGAGAAAUUGCUAGUGAUUACAAGUACAAGGAAGCUUACCGUAAACAGCUCGGCCACCACAUUGGAGCCCGGAACAUCGAAGAUGACCCCAAGAUGAUGUGGUCCAUACAUGCGGCCAAGAUCCAGAGUGACCGGGAGUACAAGAAGGACUUUGAGAAGUGGAAGACCAGGUUCAGCAGCCCAGUGGACAUGCUGGGUUUGGUGCAGGCCAAGAAGUGCCAGAUCCUUGUAAGCGACAUAGACUACAAGCAUCCCCUCCACGAAUGGAUCUGUCUGCCGGACCAGAAUGACAUCAUUCAGGCUCGGAAGGCCUAUGACCUUCAGAGCGAUGCUAUUUACAAGGCUGAUCUUGAGUGGCUGCGAGGCAUUGGAUGGGUGCCCCUUGGCUCUGUGGAGGUUGAGAAGGUGAAGAGGGCUGGAGAAAUCCUGAGUGAGAGGAAGUACCGCCAACCUGCAGACCAGCUCAAGUUCACAUGCAUUACAGAUACCCCAGAGAUUGUCCUGGCAAAGAAUAAUGCCCUGACCAUGAGCAAGCAUUUGUAUACGGAAGCCUGGGAUACUGACAAAACCUCCAUCCAUGUGAUGCCAGACACCCCAGAAAUCUUGCUGGCCAAGAGCAAUUCCGCCAACAUCAGCCAAAAACUUUACACCAAGGGAUGGGAUGAAUCAAAGAUGAAGGACUAUGACCUGAAAGCUGAUGCUAUUUCCAUCAAAAGCGCCAAGGCCUCCAGGGACAUCGCCAGUGAUUACAAAUACAAGGAAGCAUAUGAGAAACAGAAAGGCCACCACAUUGGAGCCCAGAGUGUUGAAGAUGACCCCAAGAUUAUGUGUGCCAUCCACGCAGGGAAGAUUCAAAGUGAAAGGGAGUACAAGAAGGAUUUCCAGAAGUGGAAGACCAAAUUCACCAGCCCGGUGGACAUGCUAGGCAUCUUGUUGGCCAAGAAGUGCCAGACUCUGGUCAGUGACAUUGAUUAUCGAAAUUACCUGCAUCACUGGACAUGCUUACCCGAUCAGAAUGACAUUAUUCAAGCAAGGAAGGCCUACGAACUGCAGAGUGACAAUGUGUACAAAACAGACCUGGAGUGGCUGCGUGGCAUCGGCUGGAUGCCUGAAGGCUCUGUAGAAAUGAACAGGGUGAAGAAUGCUCAAGACCUGGUGAAUGAAAGACGCUACAGGACACGCCCAGAAGCCUUGAAAUUCACUUCCGUCGUCGACACGCCAGAGGUUGUCCUGGCAAAGGCCAAUUCUCUGCAGAUGAGUGAGAAACUAUAUCAAGAAGCCUGGAAUAAAGAUAAAACAAACAUAAGCCUUCCUUCUGACACGCCACUCAUACUGCAGGCCCACAUCAAUGCCAUGCAAAUCAGCAAUAAACUCUACCAGAAAGACUGGGAUGAGGCCAAGCAGAAAGGCUAUGACUUGAGAGCAGAUGCCAUUGAAAUCAAGCAUGCCAAAGCCUCCAGAGAAAUUGCCAGUGAGUACAAAUACAAAGAAGGUUACCGGAAGCAACUGGGCCACCAUGUGGGUUUCCGCACCCUGCAAGAUGACCCUAAAUUGGUAUGGUCUAUACACGCUGCCAAGAUCCAGAGUGAGAGAGAAUACAAGAAAGCUUAUGAGAAGUCCAAAGGAAUUCACAACACACCAUUGGACAUGAUGUCCAUUGUUCAGGCCAAGAAAUGCCAGGUCCUGGUUAGCGACAUUGAUUAUCGCAAUUACCUGCACCAGUGGACGUGUCUUCCAGAUCAGAACGACGUGAUCCAGGCUAAGAAAGCCUAUGAGCUGCAGAGCGAUAAUGUCUACAAGUCAGACCUGGAGUGGCUGAAGGGUAUUGGAUGGUUGCCAGAGGGUUCCGUGGAAGUGAUGAGAGUGAAGAAUGCCCAGAAGCUCCUGAAUGAAAGGUUGUAUCGCAUAAGGCCUGAGGCCCUCAAAUUCACCAGCAUAGUUGAUACCCCUGAAGUCAUCCUGGCAAAGAUCAACUCUGUACAGAUCAGCGAGCCAUUGUAUCGUGAUGCCUGGGACAAAGAGAAGGCUAACGUGAACAUACCAGCUGACACACCACUGAUGCUGCAGUCCAAGAUCAACGCCAUGCAGAUCAGCAACAAACAAUAUCAGCAAGCUUGGGAAGACGUCAAGAUGACAGGUUAUGAUUUGAGAGCAGAUGCCAUCGGGAUCCAGCAUGCCAAAGCUUCCAGGGAUAUUGCCAGUGAUUAUCUAUACAAAACUGCUUAUGAGAAACAGAAGGGUCAUUACAUCGGAUGCCGCAGUGCCAAGGAAGACCCUAAACUGGUCUGGGCGGCAAACGUGAUGAAGAUGCAGAACGACAGACUCUACAAAAAGGCCUACAAUGACCACAAGGCCAGGAUCACCAUCCCAGUGGACAUGGUGUCCAUCAAUGCUGCCAAAGAAGGCCAGGCACUAGCCAGCGACGUGGACUACCGCCAGUACCUACACCAGUGGUCUUGCUUUCCUGACCAGAAUGAUGUGAUCCAAGCCAGGAAAGCCUACGACCUGCAGAGUGAUGCCCUCUACAAGGCUGACUUGGAGUGGCUGCGUGGUAUUGGCUGGAUGCCCCAAGGGUCACCCGAAGUACUGAGAGUCAAAAAUGCCCAGGAGAUCCUACGAGACAGUGUCUAUCGGACACCUGUGGUCAAACUCAAGUAUACAAGUAUUGUUGACACACCCGAAGUGGUCCUUGCUAAGUCGAAUGCUGAAAAUAUUAGUAUUCCAAAGUACAGAGAAGUUUGGGACAAGGAUAAAACUUCAGUCCACAUAAUGCCUGAUACUCCAGAAAUUAAUCUUGCUAGAGCCAACGCCCUCAAUGUGAGCAAUAAAAUUUACCGUGAAGGUUGGGAUGAGAUGAAGAUGAGCUGUGAUGUUCGGCUGGAUGCUAUCCCCAUCCAGGCUGCCAAGGCCUCCAGGGAGAUUGCCAGUGACUAUAAAUACAAGCUUGACCAUGAGAAGCAGAAAGGACACUACGUGGGGACCCUCACAGCCAGGGAUGACAACAAGAUCCGCUGGGCCCUCAUAGCUGGCAAGAUUCAGAAUGAAAGGGAGUACCGGCUGCACUGGGCCAAAUGGAAGUCUAAGUUCCAGAGCCCUGCGGACAUGCUUUCCAUCACGCAUUCCAAAAACUGCCAGGCUCUGGUCAGCGACAUUGAUUACCGCAAUUACCUGCACCAAUGGACAUGCCUGCCUGACCAGCAUGACGUGAUUCAGGCCAGGAAAGCCUACGAUCUGCAAAGCGAUGCUAUUUACAAGGCCGACUUGGAAUGGUUGCGUGGGAUUGGGUGGAUGCCAAGUGAUUCUGUUUCUGUCAAUCAUGCCAAACAUGCUGCGGAUAUCUUCAGUGAGAAAAAAUAUCGCACGAAAAUAGAAACUCUCAACUUUACCCCUGUGGAUGACAGAGUUGAUUAUGUGACAGCGAAACAGAGCGGUGAAAUCCUAAAUGAUAUUAAAUAUCGGAAAGAUUGGAACGACACCAAAUCAAAGUACACCCUCACAGAAACCCCUCAGCUGCACGCUGCCCAGGAGGCAGCCCGGAUACUGGACCAGUAUCUCUACAAGGAAAGCUGGGAGAAACAAAAAGCCACUGGUUACAUUUUGCCUCCAGAUGCUGUGCCGUUUGUUCAUGCCCAUCACUCUAGUGAUGUUCAGAGCGAGCUGAAAUACAAAGCUGACCACGUCAAGCAGAAAGGUCAUUACGUUGGUGUUCCAACGAUGAGAGAUGACCCUAAGCUGGUUUGGUUUGAGCACGCAGGCCAGAUUCAGAAUGACAGACUAUACAAAGAGCACUAUCAUAAAACAAAGGCCAAAAUAAAUAUACCUCCUGAUAUGGUGUCGGUGGUGGCAGCCAAGGAGGGGCAGAUCCUGGUCAGUGAUAUUGAUUACCGCAACUACCUGCAUCAAUGGACAUGUCACCCUGACCAAAAUGAUGUUAUUCAGGCAAGGAAGGCCUACGACCUGCAGAGCGAUAAUGUCUACAAAGCUGACCUGGAGUGGCUCCGAGGCAUUGGUUGGAUCCCCCUGGAUUCUGUGGACCAUGUGAGGGUGACCAGGAACCAGGAAAUGGUGAAUCAGAUAAAAUAUAAAAAAGAUGCUCUUGCCAACUAUCCUAACUUUACAAGUGUGGUGGAUCCUCCUGCGGUUGUUUUGGCCAAGAUUAACUCAGUCAAUCAAAGUGACGUAAAAUAUAAAGAAACAUUUAAUAAGUUAUUAAAGGGCAAGUACAUAUUUUCUCCAGAUACUCCAUAUAUCACCCACUCCAAAGACAUGGGAAAACUCUACAGUACCAUACUGUAUAAAGGGGCUUGGGAAGGUACCAAGGCCUACGGCUAUACCUUGGAUGAACGCUAUAUUCCCAUUGUUGGAGCCAAGCACGCCGACUUUGUGAACAGUGAGCUUAAGUACAAAGAGACCUAUGAGAAGCAGAAGGGUCACUACCUGGCUGGAAAAGAAAUCAGCGAGUUCCCUAAUGUGGUUCACUGUCUGGAUUUCCAAAAGAUGAGGAGUGUGUUGAACUACAGAAGACACUAUGAGGACACCAAAGCAAAUGUUCAUAUUCCCAAUGACAUGAUGAAUCAUGUGCUGGCUAAAAGGUGCCAGUACAUCCUCAGCGACCUGGAAUACCGGCAUUACUUCCACCAGUGGACCUCUCUUCCGGAAGAACCCAAUGUCAUUCGGGCCAGAAACGCUCAGGAGAUCUUGAGUGAUAAUGUGUAUAAAGAUGACCUGAACUGGCUGAAGGGCAUUGGAUGCUACGUUUGGGAUACACCCCAGAUCCUCCAUGCCAAGAAAUCAUAUGACCUCCAGAGUCAGAUAUUAUACACAGCAGACGGUAAAGAAAAUCUAAAAAAUUAUAACAUGGUCACAGAUACACCACUCUACGUGACUGCUCUUCAAAGCGGCAUUAAUGCCAGUGAGGUGAAAUACAAGGAAAAUUAUCAUCAGAUUAAAGACAAAUACACAACAGUUCUGGAAACAGUGGAUUAUGACAGAACCAGGAAUCUGAAGGAUCUUUAUAGCAGUAACGUGUACAAGGAGGCCUGGGAUAAAGUGAAAGCUACCAGCUACAUCCUACCUUCCAACACUGUGUCCUUGACACACGCCAAGAACCAGAAGCACCUGGCCAGCCAUAUCAAGUAUCGGGAAGAAUAUGAAAAGUUCAAAGCUCUUUACACUUUACCCAAAAGUGUUGACGAUGAUCCCAAUACAGCACGAUGCCUCCGAGUUGGCAAGUUUAACAUCGACCGCCUGUAUAGAUCCGUUUAUGAGAAGAACAAGAUGAAAAUCCACAUGGUGCCCGACAUGGUAGAGAUGGUUACUGCUAAGGAUUCCCAGAAGAAAGUCAGCGAGAUCGAUUACCGCCUGCACCUCCACGAGUGGAUUUGCCACCCCGACUUGCAAGUCAACAGUCACGUCAGGAAGGUCACAGACCAGAUCAGCGACAUUGUGUACAAGGAUGACCUCAACUGGCUGAAAGGCAUUGGUUGCUACGUCUGGGACACUCCUGAGAUUCUCCACGCCAAGCAUGCUUAUGAUCUACGCAAUGACAUCAAGUACCAAGCUCAUGUGAAGAAAACAAGGAAUAACUACAAGUUGGUUACCGACACUCCCCUCUACGUUCAGGCUGUCAAAAGUGGGAAACAACUAAGUGACGCCGUCUACCACUAUGACUAUGUGCACAGUGUCCGGGGGAAAGUGGCUCCAACCACAAAAACCGUGGAUCUAGACCGGGCCCUGCAUGCAUACAAGCUGCAGAGUGAGAAUCUGUACCGAAAAGAUGGCCUGAACUCCCUGCCCACUGGCUAUAGGCUUCCAGGCGACACUCCUCACUUCAAACAUAAUAAGGACAUCCGAUAUAUGAGCAGCUAUUUCAAGUACAAAGAAGUUUAUGAACACUUCAAGGCAAAUGGGUAUACACUUGGACCCAAAGACGUACCAUUUGUCCAUGUCCGGAGGGUCAACAAUGUUACCAGUGAGAGACUGUAUCGACAGUUGUACCACAAACUGAAAGACAAGAUCCACACAACUCCAGACACACCUGAAAUCCGCCAAGUCAAGAAGACACAAGAGGCUGUCAGUGAGUUGAUUUACAAGUCAGACUUCUUCAAGAUGCAAGGACACAUGAUCUCGAUGCCGUACACACCCCACGUGCUCCAUUGCCGCUACGUGGGAGACAUCACCAGUGAUAUUAAAUACAAAGAGGACUUGCAGAUCCUGAGGGGACUGGGCUGCUUCCUAUACGACACUCCCGACAUGGUCCGCUCCCGACACCUGCGGAAGCUCUGGUCUAAUUACCUGUACACUGAUAAUGCAAGGAAGAUGCGAGACAAAUACAAAGUGGUGCUUGACACUCCAGAAUACAGAAAAGUGCAGGAGCUGAAGACACAUCUGAGUGAGCUGGUGUACAGAGCGGCAGGCAAGAAGCAGAAGUCCAUCUUCACCUCAGUUCCAGAUACUCCUGACCUUUUAAGAGCAAAGCGAGGACAGAAGCUUCAGAGUCAGUAUCUGUAUGUUGAACUUGCCACCAAAGAGAGACCCCAUCAUCACGCUGGAAACCAGACCACAGCCUUGAAGCAUGCUAGAGACGUGAAGGACAUGGUCAGCGAGAAAAAGUACAAGGUUCAGUAUGAAAAGAUGAAAGACAAGUACACCCCAGUUCCAGAUACACCGAUCCUCAUCCGAGCCAAGAAGGCUUACUGGAAUGCCAGUGAUCUACGCUAUAAAGAAACAUUUCAAAAGACCAAAGGGAAAUAUCACACGGUGAAGGAUGCCCUGGACAUCGUUUAUCACCGCAAAGUCACAGACCACAUCAGUAAGAUAAAAUACAAGGAAAACUACAUGAGCCAGCUGGGAAUCUGGAGGUCCAUUCCUGACCGCCCAGAGCAUUUCCAUCAUCGGGCCGUCACUGAUGCAGUCAGCGAUGUGAAAUAUAAAGAAGAUCUGACCUGGCUCAAAGGCAUUGGUUGCUAUGCCUAUGAUACCCCCGACUUCACUCUGGCUGAAAAGAACAAGACUCUCUACAGCAAGUAUAAGUAUAAAGAGGUAUUUGAAAGAACGAAGUCAGAUUUCAAGUAUGAGGCUGACUGUCCAAUCAACAGGCAUUUCAAGUUUGCGACUCAACUGAUGAAUGAGAAAAAAUACAGAGCUGAUUAUGAGCAGCGGAAAGAUAAAUACCAGCUGGUAGUCGAUGAGCCUAGACAUCUGCUGGCUAAGAUCGCAGGCGACCAAAUCAGUCAGAUCAAGUACAGGAAAAAUUAUGAAAAAACAAAGGACAAGUUUACCUCGGUUGUGGAUACUCCGGAACAUUUGCGUACUACAAAAGUCAACAAACAAAUUAGUGAUAUUCUGUAUAAGUUGGAAUACAACAAGGCUAAACCCAGAGGCUACACCACAAUCCAUGACACACCCAUGUUGCUGCAUGUCCGAAAAGUCAAAGAUGAAGUCAGUGAUCUAAAAUACAAAGAAGUUUACCAAAGAACUAAGUCCAACUGUACCAUUGAGCCAGAUGCUGUUCACAUCAAAGCAGCCAAGGAUGCCUACAAAGUCAACACCAAUCUGGAUUACAAGAAGCAGUAUGAAGCCAACAAAGCCCACUGGAGGUGGACCCCUGACCGACCGGACUUCAUCCAGGCCGCCAAGUCAUCCCUGCAGCAAAGCGAUUUUGAAUACAAGCUGGACCGAGAGUUCCUCAAGGGUUGCAAGCUUUCUGUCACUGAUGAUAAAGACAUGGUGCUGGCCCUGAGGAAUUCUGUGAUAGAAAGUGAUCUGAAAUACAAAGAGAAACAUGUCAAGGAAAGAGGAACCUGCCAUGCCGUGCCCGAUACUCCCCAGAUCCUCCUGGCAAAGACUGUCAGCAAUCUGGUGUCAGAGAACAAGUACAAGCGCCAUGUGAAGAAGCACUUGGCCCAGGGCUCAUACACAACACUGCCGGAGACCCGGGACACCGUUCACGUCAAGGAAGUGACCAAGCACGUCAGUGACACAAACUACAAGAAGAAGUUUGUCAAGGAGAGAGGGAAAUCCAACUACUCCAUCAUGCUGGAGCCCCCAGAGGUGAAGCACGCCAUGGAGGUGGCUAAGAAGCAGAGUGACGUCGCUUACAAAAAAGAUGCUAAAGAAAACCUGCAUUACACCACAGUGGCUGAUCGGCCAGACAUCAAGAAGGCCACGCAGGCAGCCAAACAGGCCAGCGAGGUGGAGUACAGAGCCAAGCACCGCAAGGAAGGCAGCCAUGGGCUGAGCAUGCUUGGUCGCCCAGACAUUGAAAUGGCCAAGAAGGCAGCCACACUGAGCAGCCAGGUUAAAUACAGAGAAAAUUUCAACAAAGAGAAGGGCAAGACACCAAAAUACAAUCCAAAAGAGAGCCAGCUCUACAAAAUCAUGAAAGAUGCUAAUAAUCUCGCAAGUGAGGUUAAGUAUAAGGCUGAUUUGAAGAAACUUCACAAGCCUGUGACUGACAUGAAGGAAUCUCUGAUAAUGAAUCAUGUCUUGAAUACCAGUCAUCUUGCCAGUUCUUACCAGUACAAGAAGAACUACGAGAAGAGUAAAGGACACUACCACACAAUACCCGAUAAUCUGGAGCAGCUUCAUCUAAAAGAGGCCACAGAACUACAGAGUAUAGUAAAAUACAAAGAAAAGUAUGAAAAGGAACGAGGAAAGCCCAUGUUGGACUUUGAAACACCAACAUACAUCACUGCCAAGGAGUCCCAGCAGAUGCAGAGUGGGAAAGAAUAUAGGAAAGAUUAUGAAGAGUCCAUUAAAGGCAGAAACCUGACUGGCCUGGAGGUCACGCCAGCUUUAUUACAUGUCAAAUAUGCCACCAAAAUAGCCAGCGAGAAAGAGUACAGGAAAGAUCUAGAGGAAAGCAUCCGUGGGAAGGGUCUCAGUGAAAUGGAAGACACACCCGACAUGCUAAGAGCGAAGAACGCCACUCAGAUCCUCAACGAGAAAGAAUAUAAGAGAGACUUGGAGCUGGAAGUCAAAGGAAGAGGCCUGAAUGCCAUGGCCAAUGAAACUCCCGACUUCAUGAGAGCCAGGAAUGCUACAGACAUUGCCAGUCAGAUUAAGUAUAAGCAGUUAGCAGAGAUGGAAAAAGCCAAUUUCACUUCUGUGGUUGAUACACCAGAGAUCAUUCAUGCCCAACAAGUCAAGAACCUUUCAAGCCAGAAAAAGUACAAGGAAGAUGCAGAGAAGUGCAUGUCAUAUUAUGAGACCGUUUUGGACACCCCAGAGAUGCAGAGAGUCCGGGAGAACCAAAAGAACUUCAGCCUUCUCCAAUACCAGUGUGACCUUAAAAACAGUAAAGGAAAAAUUACAGUUGUUCAAGACACGCCAGAAAUACUGCGUGUUAAAGAAAAUCAAAAGAAUUUCAGCUCGGUAUUAUAUAAAGAGGAUGUCUCACCAGGAACGGCAAUUGGAAAGACACCAGAGAUGAUGAGAGUGAAGCAAACCCAGGACCACAUUAGCUCGGUUAAGUAUAAGGAGACGAUUGGACAAGGAACCCCUAUUCCAGACCUGCCUGAAGUAAAGCGUGUCAAGGAGACACAGAAGCACAUCAGCUCGGUUAUGUACAAAGAAAACCUGGGGACAGGCAUUCCAACCCCAGUCACUCCAGAGAUUGAGAGAGUCAAACGCAAUCAAGAGAACUUUAGCUCGGUUUUGUACAAAGAAAAUUUGGGGAAAGGAACCCCAACACCUAUCACUCCAGAGAUGGAGAGAGUCAAACGCAAUCAAGAGAACUUUAGCUCGGUGUUAUACAAAGAAAACAUGGGCAAGGGAACUCCUUUACCUGUCACCCCAGAGAUGGAGAGAGUCAAACACAAUCAAGAAAAUAUUAGCUCGAUUUUGUACAAAGAAAAUGUGGGGAAAGGCACCCCAACCCCUGUCACUCCAGAGAUGCAGAGAGUCAAACGCAAUCAAGAGAACAUUAGCUCGGUGAUAUACAAAGAGAACCUGGGGAAAGCCACCCCCACACCCUUUACUCCUGAGAUGGAAAGAGUCAAGCGCAAUCAAGAAAACUUUAGCUCGGUACUGUACAAAGAGAAUAUGAGAAAAGCAACUCCGACACCAGUCACUCCAGAGAUGGAGAGAGCUAAGCGCAACCAAGAAAAUAUUAGCUCGGUGCUCUAUUCUGAUAGCUUCCGGAAACAAAUACAAGGCAAAGCUGCCUAUGUCUUGGACACGCCAGAGAUGCGACGGGUGAGGGAGACCCAACGCCACAUCUCAACGGUGAAAUAUCAUGAAGACUUUGAAAAACACAAGGGUUGCUUCACACCAGUGGUGACGGAUCCCAUCACUGAACGAGUAAAGAAGAACACACAGGACUUCAGUGACAUUAACUACCGAGGUAUUCAGAGAAAAGUGGUAGAAAUGGAGCAAAAGCGGAAUGACCAGGAUCAGGAAACUAUUACAGGUUUACGUGUCUGGCGUACAAACCCUGGCUCAGUUUUUGACUAUGAUCCAGCAGAAGACAACAUUCAAUCCCGAAGCUUACACAUGCUUAAUGCGCAAGCUCAGCGCCGGAGCAGGGAGCAGUCGAGAUCCGCCAGCGCACUGAGCAUCAGCGGUGGUGAGGAGAAGUCGGAGCAUUCAGAAGCUGCCCGCCUCUCCACCUACAGUGACGGGGGCGUCUUCUUCUCUGCAACCUCAGCAGCUUACAAACAUGCAAAAACCACAGAGCUCCCACAGCAACGAUCAUCUUCAGUUGCCACCCAGCAGACAACAGUAUCCUCUAUCCCAUCUCAUCCAUCUACGGCUGGAAAAAUCUUCCGUGCCAUGUACGACUAUAUGGCUGCUGAUGCAGAUGAGGUGUCCUUCAGAGAUGGAGACGCCAUUGUAAAUGUUCAAGCUAUUGAUGAAGGCUGGAUGUAUGGCACCGUGCAGAGGACCGGCCGGACCGGCAUGCUCCCAGCCAACUAUGUUGAAGCUAUUUAGGCACUUCAAAGCCUCACGCCUGUCUACAGGACCUACCUGCCGUUGGUGUUUCAGUUUAGAUUCUCCACUGUUCCCUGAGUUCUCAAGCUGCCUUGUGUUUUGUGUCAGUAUAAUUUAUGGCUGUACCAUCCCUUAAUUUGUUUAUAUAUGUACUCCUAUAUUUCAUCAGUAAAAGAAAUGUUAGUAUCACUAACCAGUCCAAGUAUUAAACUAGACUUGCUUCAUUAUCUUCUGGACUUGCACAUAAAAUUCAGAUACAUUAAACCCCAUAGGUUUAUUAUUUUUAAAAACUGCCAUCAAAUUUUCCCUUCGGCUUAAAAGUUUCUGCAUUGUUAUAUUAUGGCUGUAUCAACUCUUAUCAUGAACAUGUUUAACAUUUCUAAAACAAGGGUUCUGAACAUCCUAAGCACAGUUUUAAAAAAUGGCAGAUAUUUACCCUUUCUUUGCUUACCGAACUGCUGUUGCUUUUAUUUCUAAUCCAAUUCUGAAGUUAUAAAGCUGAUGGUAAGGUAGUAACUAAUAAACUCUAUAAUUCUGCAACAAA